AUGGAAACCCUCCUUUAUUAUUCUUCCCCGAUGAAAUCCCCAAGUUUUCACCACAGCCUUGUGCCUUCCGGCAACAGCCGGUUGUCGUCGCCGGCGCAGUUGCAUAGGUUUUUUAAGCGCAGGGCGAGCGAGCGAGCUUGUGCCCGUAGCGUCAAAUGCUGCUCUUUAGACAACUUGUCUUUAGUCGACAGUGUGAAAUUCACCGAAGCGGCCGAGAAGGGGAAUGUAAUCCCCCUUCACUCUUGUAUCUUCUCCGACCAGCUGACUCCGGUGACGGCUUAUAGGUGUUUAGUAGACGAAGAUGACAGAGACGCACCGAGCUUUCUUUUUGAGUCGGUGGAGCCAGGGUUCCGGGCAUCGAAUGUUGGGCGGUAUAGUGUUCUCGGAGCUCAUCCAGCGAUGGAGAUCGUUGCAAAAGAAAAUAAAGUUACUAUAAUCGACCAUGAGGAAGGGCGUUUGACAGAAACACUGGCGGAUGAUCCAAUGGUGAUUCCUAGACAAAUUUCUGAGAAAUGGAAGCCACAGUUAAUUGGUGAACUCCCGGAAGCAUAUUGUGGAGGCUGGGUUGGAUACUUUUCAUAUGAUACAGUUCGCUAUGUUGAGAAGAAAAAACUGCCAUUCUUGGGGGCACCCAAGGAUGACCGAAACCUGGCAGACAUACACCUUGGCCUGUAUGAUGAUGUGAUUGUGUUUGAUCAUGUGGAAAAGAAAGUUUAUGUAAUUCACUGGGUGAGGGUCGAUCAUUACUCCUCUGUAGAGGAGGCUUAUACUGACGGAGUGAAAUGUUUGGAAAAGUUGUUGGCCAAAGUACAAAAUAUUGAUCCGCCAAAGCUAUCUGCAGGAUCUGUAAAAUUACAGACUCGUCACUUCGGUCCAUUGCUCAAGAACUCAAACAUGACGAGUGAUGAAUUCAAGAAUGCAGUAAUACAGGCAAAAGAACAUAUUCUGGCAGGGGAUAUUUUCCAGAUAGUACUAAGUCAGAGGUUCGAACGCCGAACCUUUGCUGACCCAUUUGAAGUUUAUAGAGCAUUAAGGGUUGUGAAUCCAAGCCCCUACAUGUCUUACCUGCAAGCUAGAGGGUGUAUUUUAGUAGCUUCAAGCCCAGAAAUUCUAACGAGCGUGAAGAAGAAUAAGAUAGUAAAUCGACCAUUGGCUGGUACAGCACGGAGGGGCAAGAAUCCUAGUGAAGAUGAAAUGUUGGAGGUCAAACUCCUUAAAGAUGAAAAACAAUGCGCAGAGCACAUUAUGCUGGUUGAUUUGGGCCGGAAUGAUGUCGGAAAGGUAUCUAAAUAUGGUUCUGUAAAGGUUGAAAAGCUUAUGAAUGUGGAGCGAUAUUCACAUGUUAUGCACAUAAGCUCUACGGUUACUGGAGAGCUGCAUGAUGAUCUCAGUUGUUGGGAUGCCCUGCGUGCAGCAUUACCUGUCGGAACUGUUAGUGGAGCUCCCAAGGUGAAAGCAAUGGAACUAAUUGAUCAGUUUGAGGUCACAAGGCGUGGCCCAUAUAGUGGAGGUUUUGGUGGUAUUUCAUUCACCGGAGACCUGGACAUUGCACUGGCUCUCAGGACCAUAGUCUUUCCAACUGGAGUACGAUAUGACACCAUGUAUUCAUACAAGGAUGCAAACAAACGCCAAGAGUGGAUUGCUUACCUUCAAGCCGGGGCAGGCAUAGUCGCGGACAGUGAUCCUGAUGACGAACACCGUGAGUGCCAGAACAAAGCUGCCGGUCUCGCUCGUGCCAUUGACUUGGCCGAGGAAACAUUUGUUGAUAAAUGAUGCAAGCUUUGGCAGCUUGUGUUAUGCUGACUGCCCAACCCUGCUCUUGAAUUUAAAAAUAACUGCUGAGAGAGGCAGAGUAGAAUCCUGGCUGAACAUCCUCAAUUGUUAUUGUCGUUGUAGUAAGUAACUGUAAUAGAGGGGUAAAGAACCUUUUUCAUUGCACCCAUAUCCGGAUCUUAGCUUUUAUAUAUGUUUCAUUCUCUCGCAUGUUUGUGUGUUUUAUAUGUUCUGAUAGUUCAUGGGCAAAUUAGCCAUGGUAGAACAAGAAUGUGAUGGGGUUGUCUUUGCAACAAUCAAGCCAUCUGGUUUCUUCUACUUGCGAAGACCUCUGCUUGGUUAGCAGACUCCAUUGGAGAAGGCUUUUAAUUGAGGAAGUAAUACACUCGAAACAAUUAACUGGACAAGUCAUGGAGAGAUAGUAGAUGCAUUAAGCU